GGAACAAAGAUGGAGGGCAAGAUCACUUGUCUUUAUUACAUUAAGAGACGGGGUCUUACUUACCCUUCAUAUCCAUGAUAUAUAUCCAUUGAUCUGUGGCGAAUAUGUGUUUUGUGCUGUGAUGUAUGUCAUAUAUAUGUCAAAACAAAUUUUGAUAAUCAAAUAACCAAAUUUAGAAAAAGUGGAAAAUAUUUUAGUAAUGUGAUUUUUUCUGAUUUUUAUCUCAUAAACAGGUUAUAAUGGAUAAAGUUGAGGAUAUGACACAUUCUUAUGCUUUAGCACCACUGACGGAUCAGUACGUGGUACACAUGGAAGAAAUUGAUGAUGAUCAUGAUCAACUAACAGCUGAAAAUACAGAUGAUUCGAAUCCUGAUGGCGAAAAAAUUGGUAUACCACUCAGGGAACAAGAUAGAUUUUUACCCAUCGCUAAUGUUGCAAAGAUCAUGAAGAAAGCUAUACCAGAGCAAGGAAAAAUUGCUAAAGAUGCUAGAGAAUGUGUCCAAGAAUGUGUGUCUGAGUUUAUCAGUUUCAUAACAAGUGAGGCCAGUGAUAGAUGUCAUAUGGAGAAGAGAAAAACCAUCAAUGGUGAAGAUAUACUGGUUGCUAUGAGUACCUUAGGUUUUGACAACUAUGUUGAACCAUUAAAGAUAUAUCUCCAAAAGUAUAGAGAGGCAGCCAAAAGUGACAAGAACAUUGGUGGUGGUGACCUGUUAUAUGAUGAAGUACAAGAAGAUGCUUUCAGUAAGUUACUCCAUCUGGAUGUCAGAUUAGAAAUUCAUAAAGUUGGAUAGUGUACUUGAAUAACAAGCUAUUGUUUUAGAUUCUGCAGGAAACAACAUACUUACUUCAGAAAGUGGUCAGACAGAGACAGCAGUUAUAUACACAUAUCAGGAUAAUAAUUCUGUACAUCAGUUUCAGAUAGGGUAAAAUAAGCAAUGUAAGUUUGUUAUAGAAUAAAAGGUAUCCUCACACUACCAAAUGAUCUACUAUAAAUAGUCUAGCGCUUGUAAAAGUAGUAAAUGCAGCAAAAUAAUGUAUGUUGAGCUUUCUUACCAUAUUGUUUAUAUUUAAACAGUUGUGAAAGCAAUGCUCAAAUAUAUUGGUAUAGUUUAGAAGGCUAUUUCAUGCUAACAAAUGAGCUGUUUAUAUAAGGUUGAAAUGAAUAUUUUGAUGAUCCUUUUAUUUAUAAUCUAGAAGUUCAGUGAAUAUAUAAUGUCCUCAAUGUAUAAACAUCAAAAACAAUGGUUACUAACCCUUAAUCAAUUUGAUUUUAAAUAAUGUAUUUCCACUUUUUUCAAUAACAAUGUUGAUUAUUUGUAUAACCACAAAGAAUGGUUUUCAAUUUUUCAUCAUUUUUGACCACAGUGCAGAAUUCUUUGUAAUUAUGAUUUUGAUAAUUAUUGUGAUUUUUGAAUAGGUUCAUUUAUUGUAAUUAUGAUGUAGUUUCUGGAUUGCUGACUGUCUGUAAAUAAAAGUUUUUAUAUGAAAGAACA